AUGAACUCGUACCCGCCAGAGCUUCUGGCGCAGCUUGCGCCUGUAAUGUUCGUUGCAGGUCCACAAUCUCCAGCACCGAAGUCCCAAGACUCGUUCUCGCUGCUCGCUCUACGGCUCAAAGAUAUGCUGCAGGCACAGCGGAGACCUGCUGUAUGGCAUCCGGAUAAAGCUAAGACAUUUCAAGUCAUAUUCGUAGACCCGGAUGUACGCUUCCCCCCACGUAAGAUGCCCCCGGCCGAGGACCAGCAGUUCCUACCCACGCAUUCACCGCUGUCCCCGUUGACCCCGUCGUCACCACUCUACCCAGACGGCCUGAUUGCACCUAUAUGGAUACGAAAACACACUUCCUUGGUUCCGUCAGUCUUUGUUCUGUUCAAGCGUAUCUUUGAGUACCAGCGGCCGUCAGGCGGUACACCUCUUGACGUGCCAGACCCAGACCUCGAUCGGGAGCGCGAAGCCGAGGAACGCAGGAGAGACACGGAGCUUGCUCAGGAAAUCGCUCAGAGAAAGAAGCUGAUGAACGAGAGGUCCAUCAAGCUGACUGUUGUUCUUAUGGCAAGCAGACGAAUGUUAGACGACUCUGCGCUUGAUACUCGACUUACGUACAUUAGGAGGCAAAGCGGACUUGACCCGCGAGCAGCUCUAUUUGUCCUAAGUCCAGUCGCACCUUCAGAGAUUGGCGACUUUGUUCGGAGUCUACAGGAAGCUUUGUGGGAGCCAGCAUUAGAAUACUAUACCAAUCACUCCAAGCGUGUCCGGCGGAAACGCAAUCGGCAUACGCAGGCGGUCUCAACCUAUACUUCCCCCAUCUCGGCCCCCGGAUCGGUCGCGCCACGACCGCUGCGGCCGGAGGGGUGGACAGUAAGGUAUGAAUAUAAGAUGGCUUGCUUUGCUGAAUUCCGUGGAGAAGACGAGGUUGCUUUGAAACAUUACCAGGACGCAUAUUCGGCAUUACAGGUCAUGUUUGGCUCGACUGCAAUAUUGCCCCCACGCACGAAGCGGUGGGCGGAGGCGAGGGUGCUCGCAGAUAGCCUCGCCUUCAAGACUUGCAAGCUUUACCUCUACAAUCAUGAGCAUUCAUUGGCUCUGGCAUACCACUCGAUGCACAUGCGUAGAUUUAGCGACCUGUGCCGCGGUUGGGGAAUUGGCGAAGAGACAUUCGAGUUCUGGGGCUGGGUGGCAAGACAGCAUCGUGCUUUUGCAGAGCUUUUAGAGCAGGGAGCACGCGGCACGCUGAAAAUCCCGACCUACCUUCCCUCGUCGUCUUCAGCGGCAUCUACUGUAGUAUCUCAGCCGCUCGACUCGCAGCGUGGCAUGGUUGAGACAGAAUCUCUACGUUCCCUAGGACUUAAUCCUACACAGGCACUCCAGCAUCCAGGUUUCUACUACUACAUGGCCGCACGCUGCACCGAGAGCCGUCGCGCUCGUUUCCUACACUUCACGGAUAGCCUAACACCUGAGAAUGCAGCAUCAACUCCUCCAAGCUUUGAGAACGAGCGGAAAGUGGAUCAUCUUGCAAUUAUCCUGGAGCUUUACACGAGAUCAUACGAGCUAUUUAAGAAGUAUAGCCCCACAAAUGCACAAAACCAGGGAAGGCAGACAUUGUGGAUAGCCUACCGCAUCGCCCAGACUUACUACGAGUCCGGCAAGUUUGAUAUGGCAGCAAGGUUCUUUGAGCGCAUCGCAAAGACAUACCGACGUGAGAAAUGGGAUGCCAUGCUCGUUCCACUACUCUCGACUUGGUUCAAGUGCGCUCAACAGCUAGGUGACAUGGAGCUUAGUGUCCAGCUCCUGUUCGAGAUGCUCGCCCAAGGCGCUUACUCGGCUGACGAUGAGCCGGAUGCAAUCCAAGAGGACUUGUUGGCAGUUUUGAAGAGCACUGUACCUACUGACCUUGACCAUCCCUUAGUUAUCGACUUACUUGACGCCGAACCACUCUUGGACUCUUCACUCGUGUUCUGGGCUUCAGACGCCAAGGUUGACGAGUCUACAGCGUUUCAGCUUUCGCUUUGCGCCACAUCUCGUACUUUCAUAUCUUCUCUGCCCUUCUCAUUAUUGACCAUCCACUUCGACGAGGAAAGUGCUCCGGUUACCGUCUUGCACAAGUCAUCGGAUCCCGACGUCGGCCUGCCGCUGAUCCAGCGCGUAGACCUAGGGCAGAGUCAUGUUGGACUUGGCGGGGGUGAUGUUCCACGGGAGGUUGAGGCCGAUCUGCGUUGGAGGCCUGGCGGCAUAAUUGUCCUCGUUGGCACGCUGGUAUCAACUGUCCCAACGAAUUUAACGAUUUCGAAGCUUGUCUUGACUGUGAAGGAAAGUAGCUGGUGGAUUGAGCUACCUGUGCAGCCUAUCAGCAUCCGAAACGGUAUCGUCCCAACGCCUCGAUGGCUUACCUCGCUUGAGCCCCCCAAAUUCCUACCAAUACGUAGAGAUCCCUCGCAUCCAGUCUCACAUGUGACCGUACGACCACGGCCACACUCGGUCCAGGUUGUAUUGUCGCAUCACUCUCCUCCAUACCUUGGCGAAGAGUAUCCAAUUAUAGUCGAAGUCACCAACACAGAUGACAGGGAACUGGAGAUCGUAGCGGACGCCAUGCUGCAUCCUUCCGAGGCUGAGUAUGCUGUCAAUAGCAUUAGCUCGGACAAGGAGAACUGGACGAACCUAAUCAAGGGCGUGUCCUUCGGCACGCUUGCUCCGGGAGUCAGCACGUUCAAGACCGUCUACCUACAAAGUGCAGGUGCAGCCUCAGACACCGUCAUCGAUGUCUCCAUACGCUCGCGCGUUCCAGAAAGCGACGCCGUAGCGCAAACCAGCCCGCUCUCUCCCAAGAGCCCGUCGCCUGCCACAGACGAUACUGGCGAGACGCUACGGACGCUGGUCUUGCAGACCGUCGACCCUAUCAUCGUGAAGCACGACGUCGCGUACCGCCGAUCGAUGGCGCCGCGCCCUGGACUUGCUGAUCUCGUGGCGUACGAGCCUGGAUUUGGUGUGGACGGGAUUGGGGCGGAGGCGACUGUCUGUACGGUGUGGACCUGUACUGGUCCGCAUGGUAUUAAGGUGGAGAGCGCGAAGCUGGUCAAAGAGGACGGUUCGGAUGCUAGGGUGAUUAGCUGUGCGCUUGACGUGGACUCAGAAGGUCUGCUCUCUGAAUGGCUUCCCGGCGAUGAGUUCAGCGAUUGCUGUCGUGCAGCCAUCGGCGCAGUGGCAGAAACUGCCGAUGAACAUAUCCCUGGACCAGGCGCGUAUGAGAUAACUUGGAGGAGGAUUUUACCUGAUGGUGGACAGGGCUCGCUUGCAACAAGCCGAUUCCCGCUCCCGCCUUUGAAGCCACCCGCAGACGAGCUUGUCGCACUGCUCGACGUGCCCACGCAGGCGAAGCUUCACGUGCCGGUGCAAAUGCGCCUCACCGUACGCAACCUGCGGCAGAGCGGCGCGGCGAACGUUGUUGUGCAGAUUGAGUUCGACCCCUCGGAUGGAUUUGUGCUCGCCGGACUACGCAGCGGGCGCAUUCCAGUCCUACUGCCGGGCAGUGAGGAGGCUCUCAUGUGGAACAUGAUCCCGAUCGAGUGCGGCUACGCGCGUGUGCCGCGCAUCAGAGUUACGGACCGUAGAACACCCACCGGCGGGGCGGACGCACAAGACAGCGAGGGCGAGGCACUGAGCGUUGUGGACGAUGGGCAUGACCGGCUCAGCGGUGGUUCAACGAAUAGGAAAGGUAGUAUCUCAGAUGGAGUCGUUCUAGUUCUUCCUUGA